GGCGCUGUUGUUGUUUUCCACAAUGUAGCUUUCAGCCGGUGAUCAAGAUGGCGGUGAAGCUAGCUUGAGGUUUACGAAUGGUAGCUAACGGGGACACUGGGACAUGGGAAUUUUGUCCCGCACUGUGAUGGAGGGUGAGGUGAGCCUGGUGGCAGGCCGCAGUCAGAGAGAGAAGAGGAGAUCUUAUAAAGACCUCCUGCGAGAAGAAGAAAUCAUUGAUGCAGAGGUUCGCAAAUCCUCAAAGAAACGUCCAAAGGACGCCGAGGGGCACUUAGCAAGCAGUGAGCUUCACAAGAAGAAAAAGAAGAAGCAUGAGGAAGAGGAUUAUCACUACAAAGACCAUGGCUCUGCGUCACACCACAAAAAGAAGAAAAGACUUUUGGAGAGUCCUGGUGCGUCCGUGUCCUCCUCCAGCUCUCCACACACUGCUGUGACUGCCAUGGGCCUCCUCCAAGCCAUCACCUCCCCCACGGCUGUGGGCUCUGAGCCCAGCCCCUCAUUUCCCAAAAAACCUUUGUACCCCUCCCACCACAUGGUUAAGGAGAAAAAGAGAGAGAAUAUGGGGAUGCCCAAGCCUGCAAAGAAACAACAACAACAACAACAGCAACAGCAGCAGCAGCAGCAGCACAUAGUGCGAGAGGCGCUGCCUGUGGUUGGAGAGGAAGUGGAGCUGGAAGAGCAUUAUGGGGCCUCGUACGAGUUUCUGGACGAUGACAGCUCCUCUUCGGGAGAGGACACAGAUAAUGGGCAGCUUGUCAUCGACGACUCUUUCGCUCCGUACAGCAAGAAGAGCAAAAAGAGCAAGAAAAGCAAGAAGAAGAAGGAUAAAGAGAGAGACAGAGAUAGAGAGCACAGGCAUAAACACAGCAGCAAAAGCAUGAAGAAAAACACAACCAAUGGCAGUUCUGAUGGUGGGUUAUACACUGUAGGACGGUCAGGAUCUCACAGUGAGAAGAAAAAGAAGAAAGAUGACAAGACCAGGUUAAAGGUGGAGAAGACAAAGAAGAAAGGACUCACAGCGUAUCAGAUCUUCUAUAAGGAAUAUAGGUUGAGUAUCCUAGAGGAACAGCCAGGUCUAGAAUUUGGGGACUUGAGUAAGAAGUUGGCAGAUGCGUGGAAGCAGCUCCCUGAGGGAGAUAAACAGGUGUGGAGGGAGAGGGCGGAGUAUCUUCAGCACAAGAGGAUGAAGUCAGAGUCCAGUACAAGUAAACACAGCAAACACAGCCAGCCCAAACCUGCCAAAGACACCAGCAAAUCUAAAGGUGGUGCAUCGUUCACAAACGUGGUUGCCCCUGCAACAGUAAUGCCAGCAGUAUCAAGUGUGCCGAAGAGAGUGGAAGCAGUGGUCUCUCCAGCGCAGAACGGUACAGCUCUGGUUCCCGUAGCUGAGGUCCCGCCCUCCCCUCUCAGAGACCCUGAAGUGGACCCUAUCGAUGCCGCAGCUCACUUGCAGCUGCUGGGGGAAUCACUCUCUCUGAUUGGUCGCAGGCUGCAGGAAACCGAGGGUAUGGUGACGGUGUCAGGCUCUCUCUCUGUUCUUUUGGAUUCUGUGCUGUGUGCUCUCGGUCCUUUGGCGUGUCUCACCGCUCAGGUGCCAGAACUCAAUGGCUGCCCUCCGCACGUACUGUCAAACACUCUGGACAAUAUAGCCUAUGUCAUGCCUGGACUCUGAAUGCUGCCAGACCAUCUCUCCACCUGGCCUCCCCCACCCCUGUCUCUCAUGCACACUCACACUCUCUCUCUCUCCCUCUCUCUCUCUCACUCACACUCUCUAUUUUCUCUCUCUCUCGCGCUCUCUUUCUCUCUCUCUCUCUCUCUCUCUCACUCACACUCUCUCUGUCUCUCUCUGCCUCUCUCUGUCUCCCUCCAUCUCUCUCUCUCUCUCUGUGUGUGAAUAAAGGACCUUAGCUGGUAGCUCCUCACCCUUGGGCCCUCCCGGCCCAAACAAUACUCCUGUUUUUCAACAAGGAAAAGGACUUGAAUUGCACAUUUUUGCACUGGACAGACCACAGGAACAAGUCUACUUUUAACCUGCUUCUUAACCCGUUGUUCCAUUUUUAUCCUAUCUACUAUUGAUUUUGUAUUUCUGUUGGUGUGUGUUUUGUUGUUCUUUCAAUUAAAAGUAUUUUAGUGAUCGCUUUUA